AUGGUCCGCCAAGAUCAAGACCCCCACCAAGGAGGCACCCUCUCCGACUUUGCCAUCAACGGCACCACAGUCCCCAACGACGCCGGUAAAAUGAACACCAUCCCGUCCGUCCCCCGUCCCGACCAACGCGCCGAAAACCCAGCCUUCGAGCACGCCGGCCUAGCCCAGCCCUCAACCGCCUUCGCAGCGGACAACGCCACCGACGUGCCCCGUUCGACGCGGGAUGUCGGACAGACGGGUGAAGUGCUCAGUGGAACUGGGGAUAGUCUGCCGGCGAGUAUUGAGUCGAAGCGUACAUUUAUGGGGACGAAUAUUCCUGGUGGGACGGGGGAUGUGAGGGGAGUGAAGCAUCAUAAUCAGAAUCGGAGUCAGUUUGAUCGGUAUGCCAAAGAGGAUGAGGAUGCUGCGGGGAAUAUUGGGGAGCAUAGUUUGCGGAAUGAGUGA